UUUAAGAUAUAUCCGGUAGAAAAUGAACAAUCUGGACAGUUCCUUGCAGGCGCACAACAAGUUGGAAAAGGAAACCACCAACUUGGCUCUGCUGAAAGACCGAGUGGAUAAGUAUCAUGAUCUCUCCACGCAAAUGUCCAGUAUUCUUACCGUGUUCGAGAAGCGACUGGGGAACCUGGAGCAAACCAUAUUACCCGUUUACCAGGAGACAGAGCAGCUCCAGAAGCGGCAGCAAAACCUAGAAGCCACACUGAACUGCCUGGAGAGUGUUCUCUCGCACUACGAUGUCUCGCAGGAGGUGUGCCAACUAAUUCACCAGGGACCUAUUGAAGGCAAUAUAUCCGUCUUCCUGGACGCUCUGGCCAAGCUGCGAGCAGCCAUGGAUUACUUUCUGCACAACAACUCCCAGAGCGUGGAGCUGGAGAACGUGACCAGCUUGUUCAACACCGGAUGCGAGGGCCUCAACCAGCACUACAGUAUGCUGCUAAAGAAGCACAGUGCUCCGUUGAAACCCGUAGAGCUGCUGGAUCUCAUCUACAUCGAAGACGACUCUAGCGACGAGUACACCUCAUUCCGGCAGCUGUCGCAGACAACCCGCGAAGAGCUCUACACCAUUUCCCACUGGCUGGAGCAAAAUCUGCGGGAGUACACCCACAUCUAUGCCACGGAGCGUGGUGAUGUGGUGCUACGUUCGCUGCAGCUGCUUAAGGAUCACCAGAAGAGCAAUAGUUGGGGACACGAGGCGCUGAGACCUCGUCACAGUGGACGCCAAACGGAACCCAAGAAGAACACCUCGGCCCGCCUUCAGCAAAUCUUUGAGAAGAAGGCCAACAAGCUGUAUUUACGGGCCACACAAACCAUUGAGCAGUCCACUGGGUUCUCCAUUAAGAAGGCAUCGUCGCACAGCGAUCAUUUGACCUCUGAGGAUCUGAUGGAUGGCGAUCAGGAGCUGGAUAAGUACUUGGUCAUGCUGCUCGGUCUGCAGCGGCUGCUUAAUUGGGAACGUGCGAUCAUGCACGACAUUAUACCGCAAUCGAAGCACAACGAAGUAUUCGCUCGUUUGGCCUACAACGCCAUCGAGCUGGUGGUCAAGGAUGCCGAGGCCAUAACGCAACGCAUAUUGCGAUGCAUCUCACGCAAGGAGUGGACCUCGGCCCUGGGCAUAUUCUCCGCUCUGAAGCGUGUGAUCCUACUGCAGCCGGAUAUCGAGCGUACCUAUGAUCCUGCCCAGAGGGAACAACUGACCAAGGUGCUGAAUAAAUUGCAGCAUACGGGCGCCAAGGCCUUAGAGCACUUCUUGGACGUGGUUAAGGGUGAGUCCAGCACGAAUAUUGUGGGACAGAGCAAUGUGCCCAAAGAUGCCACCGUUCAUGAGCUCACCUCUAAUACGAUUUGGUUCAUUGAGCACUUGUACGAGCACUUUGACGUGAUUGGCUCCAUCUUGGCACAGGAUGUGCUCUACUCUACGCAGCUGGACACCAUUCUGAUGAAGAAGGCGCUGCCGGGAGAGGAACGGAACAAGGCUCUCCUUGCUAUUUAUAUAAAAAAGGCCCUGGCGGAACUGAAUCUGUCCAUUAUGAACAAAUGCGAGCAGUACAAUGACCAGGCUACCAAGCAUCUCUUCCGCCUGAACAACAUCCACUACAUCCUUAAAUCGCUGCAGCGCUCCAACCUCAUUGACUUGGUGACGCUAGCGGAGCCAGAGUGUGAGCACAGCUACCUGGAGAUGAUACGCGAGCUGAAGGCCAGCUACCAGAAGACGUGGUCCAAGAUGUUGCUAGGAAUUUACUCAUUGGAUGAGCUACCAAAGCCCGUGGCCGGCAAAGUGAAAGACAAGGAUCGUAGUGUGCUAAAGGAGAGGUUUUCGAACUUCAACAAGGACUUUGAGGAGGCCUGUAAGAUCCAGCGUGGCAUCUCCAUCCCUGAUGUUAUCCUACGCGAGGGCAUUAAACGUGAUAAUGUAGAGCACAUACUGCCCAAAUACAAUCGUUUCCACGAAAUGUACGCCGGCGUUCAGUUCAGCAAGAAUCCCGACAAGUAUGUGAGAUACAGGCCGCACGAGAUAAAUGCCAUGCUGAGCAAGCUAUUCGAUGACUCCGCCUAGAUGUGUUCAGCUCCCAGGGGAGCUGGGUUCGAGUGCAUUCCUAAGUUCGUAAGUUCGUUGGGGGGCUUUAAUUCAAAACUCAAUAAAUAUUGCUUUUAAAAAAAGUACAAUACAA